AUGGGGAAUUUCAACACAAUACAUGCUGGUAAAGGGAAAAGAUCCAAGUGUAAGAGAAAACCAGCAGGGAUUCAUGAUGGAAUAAAGACAGUGAGGGCAGAUAAUCUCUGCGACUUCUCAAGAAACUCCGACCUUUGCAUUUGCGUAGUAACUUGGAACAUGAAUGGACAGGUUUCAUAUGAAGAUCUGGUGGAGCUGCUGGGGAGCAACCGGAGAUGUGAUCUACUUGUGAUUGGCUUGCAAGAAGUUCCACGAAAGAACCUUGAACGGUUAUUGCAGGAUGCUCUAAGUGAAACUCACGAAUUGUUAGGGAAGGCAACUAUGCAGUCUCUGCAACUAUAUGUGUCCCGGCCAAAGAAUUCAGAGUUGUUCAUCAGAGAGCAUAAAGUAGAUAAGCAUUCUGUUGGAGGGUGUGGAGGAAUGAUGAGGAGAAAGAAAGGGGCAGUGGCAAUCAGUAUGAACUACAAAGGAUUCAGAAUGGUGUUUAUCACUUGCCAUCUCUCCGCCGCCCAUGGUGGAAAUGUAGAAGAGAGAAAUAAAGAGUGCAGGCACAUAUCGCACUCUCUUUUCCCUAAAUUUCUAGAUCCACCACUUCCCACACAUAUAACCGUAUGGUUAGGAGACCUCAAUUACAGGCUCCAAGGCAUCCCUACACAUCCUGCCCGAAACUUAAUACAAAGAGACCUUUACAAACUGCUGAGAAGCAAAGAUCAGCUCCUCCAGGAAGCUGAAAGAGGACAGAUUUUCAAUGGUUAUUGUGAGGGAACACUUACGUUCAAACCAACCUAUAAAUAUAAUAUAGGAAGUAGGAAUUACGAUACAAGUUAUAAGGUACGAGUUCCAUCAUGGACUGAUAGGAUAUUGUUCAAGAUCCAAGACCCUGACACAAUUGCAGCAAGUUUGCACUGUUACGAAUCAGUGGAUGACAUUUAUAGUUCGGACCAUAAGCCGGUGAGCGCCCACCUUUGUUUCAAAGUCCUCAAACAAUAG